GAUCUUAAAAUCUUGUUGCUCUCAGCCCGCCAAGGUAUGAAUACAAAUGCUUUUCCAAUCAUCAUCAUUUCUAUUUCAUCUGUCUGCUCCCUACAACUUCAAUGAACUACCCUCAAAUAGAAAAUGAUAUUGAGUUCAAAUAUAUAAAGGCUUUGUGGUUCCGGAAUGUUCCUGUGAAAGGGAUGGGUGGUGGACCCACCCCGGGGCAAAAAGACAAGAUCAGAGGGAAACAGGGGAGGGUUGUGGAGGUCUGCGAGUCACUGAGGAGGCUAUGACGCAGGUAAUAUUGUUGUGUGAGAAAGAUAAAUUGUAUUUGAAGGUUGAAUGAACCAAACACAUCCUCCAUACCUGCAAGUGUAAAGGUAAGCCAUUUACUCCCAUUGCCAUGUCUAGUUGCAUAGUUGUCAGUCUAUGUGUAAGUUAUAUGUAUUAGGGUUUGGAUGGACGAAUGACAUACAGUAUUUACAUUUGUGCAUUUGUCAGAUAAUUUAUCAAAAUGAUUUACAGUGCGUAUAUAUAUAUAUAUAUAUAUAUACAUACAUAUGCAUGUUAACAUUUUGAUUUUGAAUAGGUGGUUUGGUUAGCCAAGUAGGAACCAAGAGGUUCUGCUCUGAAUCUGCACUUAAAUCCUUCUCAUGGAGCUUUUUUUUUUUCUCAUGCAAUAGACAAAUGUACAGUACAGUUCCUGUCAAUUUCAGCAGCCUUUUAAACUGUUCUUAUUUACCUUUUAUGUCAUUGUAUAAUUAUUGUUUGUUAGAUAGAUCAGUAGCGUUUUGGUUAUUGCAAAAUAUUUGUAUUAUAAUAUUAUUGUGUUAUGUUAUUAUUUAUUUGUACAUUUUUUACAUCAGUGAACAGCAUUGCCUAGGAGCAGAUGUGAAAGGCUGAUUUCUGAUGCUUUUGAUAACUUAAAUUCUCUUUGAAGUGUGUAUCUCCUCUCUCUGUUUGUGUGUGUGUGUGUUAGGGUUUGUAAGUGUGUGUCUGAGCUUAUGAAUUGUGUAUGAAAAGAUACAUAUAAUGUCAUUAAAAUGUUUGAUCUUAUACAUAAAUCCUCUAAAAAGUACCCAUGUUUCAGAAAAUAACCAUAUGUGUUGGUUUCUAAUUGCAUUGCUUUCUUGCAGAAACUAGUUUUGGUUCCAAACGCAUUAAAAAUGAAGCUACUUACCAUCAUUUUGAUGUUGUCAGUGGCAAAUGGUGAUCCAUACCCUUCAGGCCAUUUUCAAUAUUAUUUAGAAGAUGAAACUCCUAAAGAAUCACUCCAGGUUCUCAGGGGAACUGAUACUCGUCCCACGGCUGGAUCUCCAUCUCCCAAGCUCUCAGUGCACUUCUCCAUGAGUGCAGAUCCUCAGCGAAACACACGGUGGUGGGCUCCUGUAAGACCUUACACAAAAAGGAAGCAGAAUGUUGCAUACUACAAUCUCAAUUCCUUCGGCCUCCGCUAUGGAAAGAGAGAGCAGAACAUGCUUGCUGAGUUUAAACAGAAGAUACCUAUGAAGUGAGGACCACUGGGUCAUGCUAAAUCUUGUGUAUUGUUCUUUGAGGUUUUAUAUUAAUUAGAAAUGAUCUGUAGAUUGAUUUCUAGACAAAACAUUAGUGCAAUAGUUCACAGACUUUAGUAACUGUGAGGACACGUUUUGCUAGUAAUAAAUACAAAUGUUUUGUCAAACAAUCUGAAUAAAAGGAUUUUAUUAUAUAA